CAGAGGGAGCCGCCGGGCCGAGGCGGUGACAGGAGCGGCGGCGGGGCCGGGGCCGGGCCCAGGCCCGGGAGGCGGGCGGGCAGGCAGCGUCGCCGGGGUCCCACCGAGCUCCCCCUCCUCUUUCUCCCAGCGCGGCCCGGUCGGGCUCGCCGCUCCCUUCGGGCCUGGCGGGGUCACCUUCAUGGGCGGGCGGUAGCGCGGGGCCCGGCGGUGCCCGGGGCCUGGUGAGGCUUCGCCGGGGGCAGAGCGGGGAGCGGAGGCGGCGGGACCCGGGGCGAUGUUCGUGCAGGAGGAGAAGAUCUUCGCGGGGAAGGUGCUGAGGCUCCAUGUGUGUACCAUGGAGGGCGCCGAGUGGCUGGAGGAGGUCCCCGAGGACACCACUGUGGAGAAGCUGAAGGAGCGGUGCCUGAAGCACUGUGUACCUGGGAGCUUGGAAGAUCCAAAAACCGUGACACAUCAUAAGUUGAUACAUGCUACUUCUGAGAAGGUGCUGACAGACACAAAAACAGUGUUGGAGGAAAACAUUCAAGAUAGAGAUGUCUUGCUUUUAAUAAAGAAGCGUGCGCCACCUCCGCUCCCCAAAAUGGCAGACGUGUCAGCAGAGGAGAAAAGGAAACAAGAGCAGAAAGCUCCUGAUAAGGAUGCUAUUCUCAAAGCAACUGCAAAUCUGCCCUCACGCAAUGUAGAUCGCACCGUGGCCCAUCACAACAUGAGGGAUUUUCCUUUCUUGCAGUUCCAGACAGAGCUCCGGAAGAUCUUAGUGUCUCUCAUAGAAGUUGCCCAGAAAUUGCUAGCACUGAACCCGGAUGCAGUUGAACUAUUUAAGAAGGCAAAUGCCAUGCUGGAUGAGGAUGAGGAAGACAGAGUGGAUGAGAUAGCUCUGCGACAGCUUACAGAAAUGGGGUUUCCAGAAAGCAGAGCUGUCAAAGCCCUUCGAUUAAAUCAUAUGUCAGUGACACAGGCCAUGGAGUGGUUGAUAGAACACGCAGAUGACCCUACAGUGGAUGCUCCACUUCCAGGUCAGACUCCAUCAGAAGCCACAGCUGAAGCUAGUGCAUCCUCUGCUGAAGCGGCUGCAGGUCCUAGCUCAGAAGCGGGUGGGGAAGAGGCCAAGGAUGAGCUGACAGAAAUAUUCAAGAAGAUCCGGAGGAAAAGGGAGUUUCGUCCAGACCCACGAGCUGUCAUUGCCCUGAUGGAGAUGGGAUUUGAUGAAAAAGAAGUGGUCGAUGCACUCAGAGUAAACAACAACCAGCAAAAUGCGGCCUGUGAAUGGCUGCUGGGAGACAGAAAGCCUUCUCCAGAGGACUUAGAUAAGGGCAUUGACACCAAUAGCCCGCUCUUCCAAGCCAUCUUAGAAAACCCAGUGGUACAGUUAGGGCUAACCAACCCUAAAACUCUACUAGCCUUCGAGGAUAUGCUUGAAAACCCCUUGAACAGCACUCAGUGGAUGAAUGAUCCAGAAACUGGGCCUGUCAUGCUACAGAUCUCUCGAAUCUUCCAGACGCUGAAUCGCACGUAGAGGGGAAUGCCAGUCCACUGUGCCACUUCCUACUGUCCCUCGCUUCACCUUCUUCUCAACGGGAGGAUGCAUGGAUUGUUUAGGGAGGGGGGUGGAUGGAAGGGGAAGGAGGGGGGAGAUCCUGUCUGAAUGGGUCUCUCGCAUGAGAGCUUAUGUAGUUACGGCCAACUGAAGUUAAUUGCCUUGUGGAUUUAGUGUUAGGGGAAGAGGUUUGAAGACUUGUUUAUGUUUUCAGGUAUUAGGUCUAAAAUAAAGUAUAUCAAAAAAUAGGAAAAGGUUUUGUGAAAACAAUUAAGAAUUUGAUUGUUGGAAAGAAAUACAAUAUUGCUUGUUAAAAAGGCCUGUGACAGUAGUUUUCUAGCCAGUUUUGCUAGCAUCUGGCUAGUGUUUACAAAAAGUCACUGACCACUAGCAUAAGAUAUUAAUCAUCUCCAUACAGUAUUAAUUUAUGGCUAUAUCAAAUUAUACAAUGCUUUUUUAAAAUUGAUUCUUAGGAAAUGUUUUUUUAAAGUCCAAAUAUUUGGAGAGCAAGCACGUUUCUAUCCAAACUUGUUUAUCUUGCAUUAUAAUUUAAACAGAAUAAUUCAGAGAUGGAAUUCUUUUAAUAAAUAGCAUUACUUUUUCCUAUUUA